UAUGGAAGUCAAUUAAAAUAGAAAAUACUUUAGAGUUGGAAGUAGAAAAGUACAAUAGUAAUGCAAUUAUGAAAUUGUAACAAGAACUGGUUCUUAAGAAGAGGAUAUAACUGACUUAGGUACUUAACUUCAAAAGAAAAUGUGCUUAAAUGAAGAUGAGUCUCAUUUUAUUGAAGAAAUUCUAUAUACUGACCCUUGUGAACCUGAAAUGAACUUUGAUGAAAAAAUCUUAAUUCAUCAAGAAGUCACUUUUAACCCUCAAUAGUAUUUAAACAAUGAGAAUUCGAUUAUAGGAUGA